AUGGCAGACAAUACCCACACAAGUGCGACACCGGUCUCCCGCAUCAGCUCCUCGGAUGAGGAGACUGCCACCAUCCACACACCAGCACGCAACGAAAAUAUGAACAAAGAUGUCGCCUCAACAACACAAGAUCAAGAUAGCGUUCCCGCGGAUGUCGAAGCAAUUCGGGAAAAGAACGAUUUGCAAAAGACCAAUGAAGAGAAGCAGCGCGAAGGUGAAUAUGACCUCGAGCCACGCGAGGAGGAUGGCAAGAUUGUGCUGACCGAAAGGGCUGGUUACCUCGCAACGGGAUACUCUUAUCCUACCUGGAAGAAAUGGGCGAUUCUCUGCGUCAUCUUUGUGGUUCAAGUCUCGAUGAACUUCAAUACGUCCGUCUACCCGAACGCUGUUACAGGUGUCGCCGAGAAGUACGGCGUCAGCGAAGCGGCGGCCAGGGUGGGUCAGAUGAUAUUCCUUGUUGCUUACGCCUUUGGAUGCGAGCUUUGGGCUCCCUGGUCCGAAGAAAUAGGUCGAUGGCCCGUUCUUCAAAUUUCGCUCUUUCUCGUCAACAUUUGGCAAGUGCUUGCUGCGUUGGCGCCCAACUAUGGCUCUCUCAUUGUAGCUCGUUUCCUCGGCGGUCUCUUCACUGCCGGCGGCUCAGUCACUCUCGGUAUGGUCGCUGAUCUCUGGGAACCAGAUGUGCAGCAAUUUGCUGUCAGCUUUGUGGUGCUCUCUUCGGUUGGCGGUACCUCGAUUGGACCUUUCGUUGGAGGUUUCAUCCAGCAGUACCUCAAGGUCGAAUGGAACUUCUGGAUCCAACUCAUCUUUGGAGGCGCGGUUCAGCUUGCUCAUUUCGUCCUUGUUCCCGAGACCAGAUCGACGAUCCUCCUAGAUCGAGAGGCGAAGCGUCGCCGCAAAAAUGGCGAGCAUAACAUUUACGGACCCAACGAGGUUAGAACCGAUCGGUUCAGCAUUAAGGAGAUUGGCACCUACUGGCUCCGACCCUUCGAGAUGUUUGUGCGCGAGCCCAUCGUGCUGUUCCUGUCGCUGCUUUCCGGUUUCUCGGACAUGCUCAUUUUCAUCUUUCUCGAGUCCUUCCAACUCGUUUACAAGCAAUGGGGCUUUAGUACCGUACAAGUCGGUCUUGCCUUCAUCCCGAUCAACCUAGGAUACCUUUUUGCAUUCCUGAUUUUCGUGCCGAGGAUCAUCUGGGAACGCAAGAGGCGUGUACGUGAUCCGAACUCCCUUACACCGGAGGCACGUCUCUGGCUGCUCCUGUAUCUAGUGCCGCUCGAAUCUUUGGGGCUCUUUGGAUUCGCAUGGACCUCGCUCGGCCCUCCACGAGUUCACUGGAUCGCCCCAAUGAUCUUCUCGUGCAUUAUUGCUAUAGCGAACUUUGCGGCAUAUUUCGCCACGGUCGACUAUUUAAUAGCAGCAUACGGGCCAUACUCGGCUUCAGCAACAGGAGGCAAUGCCUUGGCAAGAGACUUCCUCGCAGGUAUCUCGGCUAUGUAUGCCUCGCCACUCUAUCACCGACUCGGUCUCGAGUGGGCGAGCACUCUACUGGCCUUCCUCGCCAUCAUCGUAGCUAUUCCAGUAUACAUUUUUUACAAAAAAGGACCUCAAAUUCGUCAACGCAGCAAGUUUGCGCAGGCUCUCGCCAGCGAUCGGGAGCAAAAUGGGGGCCGGCGCACCGAUCAAGACGAGAAAGCAGAGCGAGGCACCAUGUAUCGCAAAUCAUGA